CAACGCCAUCCACCCUCAAGUAACACUAUUCUUUCCCUUUUUCAUUACAUCGGUCGAUCCGAUAUCAGGCAAGAUCACUGAUUGUAUUCAGCUUCCACGUCCUACAACAAAAACUCAGUCCAAGUUCUUUCGUUUGAACCCUACUGAACCAUUUGACGGGGAUAGUCUGAAUUUUUUUCCACUCACUUUCAAUUACCAUCGGAUCAUUAGAUGGCCGGUUCACUAUCCUUCAUCCUGCUCUGCCUGCAAGUGGUAUCCGUAGUUUUAGCAAACUCGGAUCCCAGUGCUCACAUACAUCGCCGCUCCCCAGAAAAAGCUCCCAAGCCAUCUGGCUCUCGUGCACCGAAAGCACCCGCCCCUGGUGUGGUGCCUAGUCCCAUUCGGGGUCCGAAUGGCAACUCUCCUGACCCUAAAGGUACUGCAAAACCUGUCCCAUUUGGAUUCGGAUCCAAAGUUACGGGCGGCGGAAACGCCACCCCACAAACCCCAAAGGAUACCGCGCAACUGGAGGCCUGGUUGACCGACAAAGUCCCUAGGGUCAUCUUGAUCAACAAAACUUACGACUUUACCUCCCCUACCAAUACAACAGCUAACGGAUGCCAACCUUGGAAAGCUUGCUCAAACGGACUGAAAGUACAAAAAGCAGUCAAUUUUGACCACUGGUGCAGCAAAGAGAAAACAUUUGCCAGCAACAUCGCCGUUACAAUUGAAGCUUCCCCGUUGAGUCCGAUAAAGAUUGGAAGCCGUAAGACUUUGUUGGGUGUCGGCAGAUCGGCGAUUAUUAAAGGAAAAGGAUUUUUGUUAUACCGCGUCGACAAUGUCAUCAUCCAGAACAUCCACAUUACGUGGUUGAAUCCGCACAUCGUCUGGGGAGGUGAUGGAAUCAUGAUGGACGGAGCGAAGAAUAUAUGGAUCGAUCAUUGUUCUUUCAGCUACAUUGGUCGACAAAUGAUCGUUACUGGCGGCACAACGCAGGCUGAAGCCAAUACUGGCAUUACAAUAUCCAACAAUCUAUUUUCGGGAAGAACCAAAUGGUCCGCUCGGUGUCAAGAUCGUCAUUACUGGACAGCACUAUUCUCAGGCGCCAAUGACCAAAUUACUAUGGCUCGCAACUGCAUUGAUUCCACAUCAGGAAGGAGCCCAAAAACAGGAGGCUCUGGAAAUCCUAAGGUACUAUUACAUUACUACAACAACCUACACACGAAUAUUAUAGGAGAGACUCUUGAAGUAGGAUCAGGGAGCAACUUGUUAGCGGAAGGAAACGUCUUUGAGAACGUCAAAAUCCAGGACCCCGGAGAUCUCAAAACGCAAGAUGGCGGACACUCUUAUGUCCCUUUGAAGCCUGCAGAGGCAGAUCGAUGCAAGUCAAUUCUUGGAAGACCUUGCGCCACCAACCUGCUGAUACAGUCCUCACCAUACAAGUUUUCUGUCGACACCCAAGCUGUGGAUGCUUUUAAAGUAUAUCCAGCAGCGGCUCAAGCAAAAGUCCUGCCCGCCUCUAGUAUCCAACAUGGGGUUCCUGGCCGUUGCGGAGUAGGCUAUAUGUAAAAUUUCUCUCCUUUUUCAAAUCCAAACACAGAAGUCUCCAAAUUCUUUAUAGUGUGUAACAUUAAAGAACAAAAAUAGCUUCAAAAAAUGGUUACUGGGAUAUCACUUGGGAUUUAAAACUAUGGAUUUUACACAAAGAUUGUAAAUUGUAUCUGAGUCACAAAAUAGAAGUGUUUUGAAUAUUUAUGCCCAGGCAUAGUGAGUGGAACCGUAAGAUGACA